AUGGUCUGCCAGAAAAAGAUUGCCAAAGUGGGCCAGGAGCAGCCAGAGAACACAAGAGGCCAGGCUGAGCUCUUCCUGCUUCUGCGAACGAGUGACUUCAUCAGAUGCCGGAGCACAGAGGAAGAGAAAGGAAGAGCCCAUGCUAAGGAAGCCCCCGCCGCCGGAGCCGCUGGGAAGAGGGUAAAAGAGUCGCAGAAGGCAACUGGAUAUUCAUAUGCUGCAGAGGAGGAAAGGGAUGAAGAAUAUAAUCCUGAAGAAUCUUCUGAUGAGGAAGAUUAUAGUAUUCAACAGGAGACGGAAAGUGACAGUGAGGAGGAAACAGCUGCAACAAUACAUGAAAUAACGCCGAAACGAAAAGCUCUUCUGGAAAGACUAAGAAAAAAGGCAGAACUACAUGGCGAGCUACAUGAGCACUCUUUCCAAAACGACCCAGAGUGGCCAAGCAUCAAUGACAUCCCAGGGUUAUUCGCAAGUCCGCAUAUAGAUCCUACUCUUGUUUUGCCCAUGGAAUCCUUGGGCCUAAACGACGAAAGCCAAUACCAUCAUGUGUCGUCAAUUUUAUUAGAAAGAUCUGGCCUGCAGCUGCAUACACGAGUGUCUUCCAUGCCGGGGAUUUCAAGCACCGAAAAAGAAUGGCCAACACUGCAGUAUGCCCGAGGGAGGGCUGCCAGGAACCCGAGACCGGACUUGUUUUUAUGCAAAAAGGAUAUGGACUAAAAUACUCCCUCUGGUGAAGAAGAUAACAGAAAUAAAGGACUUAAACUCUGCAGCUGUUUUUUAUGGAUGUCUGGAAUGCCCAAUACGGACUCAAGAGAUAAUGGCAUGGAAGAUCAUAAACUAUGUUAAAGCAGCUCUAUGGAAUGCCAGAAACAUUUUACUUUUUAAACAUGAGAUUUUAUCUGUGAAUGAUGUUUUAGCUCUUUGUUUUAGUGAUAUGUACCAGUACUUUUUAUUAGACAAGAAAUAUUAUCCUUUAUUAGCUAGAAAAUGGUAUUUUAAUGAAUGGAACGCCCUUUUGUAAAGCCACCAAGUGCCCAUUUUAAGUGUAUUAUAAUUGUAUUAAUGCGAACUUUUAUUGUUAUAUGUGAUUUUAUUAUCAAAAUUUGUUUUUAUUGAAAAAACUAUAUUUAAAAAUCGUAAUGCACUUUGUAAAAUUUUAUGAAUUCUAAAUAAAAAGAUACCCCUCAGGGGUA